UUUUAGGUCAAGGGGAGUCAAACAGCCAGGAGAUUUAAUGAACUAGUCACAUAAAGACAGAAGUCGUCUGCCAGCUCCUUCUCUCCACCACCUGCUCCCCGGGGAUGUCGCUCACAUAACGGUCCACGCAUCCACUUUAACGCCAUUUGCAAAGUCUGUAAAAACGGUUAAUCAAGCUAGAAAGCUGGUAAAACUUGACUGUCCUUGAAUCGUUGGUCAGUGCUUUUCUCUUUUUAUUGAGUCCAUAAUUCAUCCGUAAGGAUGUGCACGCUGCUGACGCCGUUGUGUUGAUAUGGAGAACUGGGCUACAUCUACAGGUAUAUAACUCUGCUGGGACAAGUGCGCCGUGCAGAAGUCUUCAGAAGUCAGAGCCACUUCCCACAUCCAACAGUUAUGAAGUGCAGCCAUCUCCUUUGUUGGGCGUUUCUGCUCUUGGCUUCUGGUCCACUGCUGGCACACCCCAUCACAGAAUCUGCUGAGAUGCCUUAUCAAGGAGCUUCGGAGGACCAGGGGAUCGACACGCUGGGUCAUCUGUCGCUAUCAGAGCAAACGUUCCCUUUGCAUGAAGGUGCAGGUCUCAGAUAUUCCACUUUUAUAUCUGGAGAAGUGAAUCAAGAUGGUGUUGGAAACACAAGUCUGCAGCCAAGGGGGAUCAAAAGACAGGUCUUAUUGGACAAGCAAAGUCUGUUAAAUCCAUUCAGCCACAUGCUGGCUACCCGGAAACAGUUCAGGAAGAGAGACGGGAACUCUGAGUGUUUCUGGAAGUACUGUGUCUAAUAAAAAAUCACAUUAGCACUCUA